UCUGUAUCUCCCCCCAAGAGCCAGUUAUGGACAUUCGGAAAAACACCAGAGAAAUGCAGCAAGAGGCCCAACGUGACGUCUCCUAAAUCUCAGACACCUGAAGUGACGUCGCCUGUAAAUAAAGAGCAUGUGAAAAACUGUGUGGAUGAACCGCUUGAUGUGCCUUCUAUUUCCACUCCCUGUGCAGAGAGUACAAAGACGGGUUCAGAUAAAGGCUCAGAUGAUCCCAGUGUGGUGGUCUGUGAUGACGUCAUUGAGCCCGAAGAAAUAAAUGACGAUAAUGAGUGCGAUAUUGAUUAUAUCCCCCCGUCUCCUACAGAUAGCACCCUGCCCUCUCCUCCUGUGCUC